UGCCAGCACUUUUAACGCACAAGAGGGAUUCCAGUUGGAAAUGCUGUUUCCUAAGGCCUGAGGUUAAUAGUGUUAAUUUCACCCUCAAAGUGAAAAGUGCCAGAGUUGUAACUUUUCCCAGGGAGUGGCACCUUUGAACUUUUGAACCCCAGCCAGCAGACGACAGCCAUCCUGCUUGUCUGAGACUGCGGGGACUCCUUCCUUCCCUGCCAGACCACUAGGGACGAUAGCGCGAGCGGCAGGGAAGGUCGCACUCUUAUCUUCGGGGCCAGGCGAGGCCAGGAGAGGCCAGGCUGGCCAUGGCCUCGGCGGCGCCCGAGGAGCGGCUGCAGCAGGAGGCCAGAUGCCCCGUGUGCCUGGAUUUCCUACAGGACCCGGUCAGCGUCGACUGCGGCCACAGCUUCUGCCUCAGGUGCAUCUCGGAGUUCUGUGAGAAGUCCGAGGGUGCGCAGGGCGACAUCCACGCCUGUCCGCAGUGCCGUGCCCCCUUCCGGCCCACGGGCUUCCGGCCCAACCGGCAGCUGGGCAGCCUAGUGGACAGCGUGCGGCGGCUGGGGCUGGGCGCGGGGUCCGCAGGGGCGCGCCAGUGCCCGCGGCACGGUGAGGACUUGAGCCAUUUCUGCGAGGAAGAUCAGGCGGCGCUGUGCCGGGUCUGUGUUACCUCCCCAGAGCACAAGAGCCACCGCACCGCGCAGCUGCAAGAGGCCGCGAGAUGUUACCGGGUACAGCUCCAGAUGGCUCUGGAACUUGUGAAGAAAGAUAUAGAGGUGGUUUUGACUCAGGAGACCAAUGUGGGGAAGAAGAUAAUCAUUUGGAAGGGUGUGAGAGGAGCCUUGAGCAGAAGUAAGGCUGUCACACGGUUGGAACCAGAGACCAUUCCCAUGGAGCUGAAGACAGUAUGUUGCAUACCUGGGAUGAGAGAAAUUUUGAAGAGGUUUCAAGGUGCAGUAGAGAUGGACAGAACCAAUGAAAGCUCCCCAAAUCAUUUCAUCCUUUUGGGGUUUUCUGACCGUCCCCAUCUGGAAAGGAUCCUCUUUGUGGUCCUCUUGAUUGCAUACCUGCUCACCCUGGUUGGCAACACCACCAUCAUCAUGGUGUCCUGGCUGGAUCCCCACCUGAACACCCCCAUGUACUUCUUCCUUGCCCACCUCUCCUUCCUGGACCUCAGUUUCACCACCAGCUCCAUCCCCCAGCUGCUGUAUAAUCUUCAUGGACAUGACAAGACCAUCAGCUAUGUAGGCUGUGCCAUCCAGCUCUUUCUGUUCCUGGGUCUUGGAGGUGUGGAGUGCCUGCUCCUGGCUGUCAUGGCGUAUGACCGGUUCAUUGCUGUCUGCAGGCCCCUACACUAUAUGACUGUUAUGCAUCCCGGGCUCUGCCGGGGCUUCGUGUCAGUGGCCUGGGGCUGUGGAAUGGCCAACUCUUUGGCCAUGUCUCCAGUGACCCUGAGAUUGCCCCGCUGUGGGCACUUCAAGGUGGACCACUUUCUGUGUGAGAUGCCAGCCCUGAUCCGGAUGGCCUGCACCAACACUAUGGCUAUUGAAGGGACUGUCUUCGUCCUGGCCGUGGGUAUUGUGCUGUCUCCCUUGGUGUUUAUCCUCAUCUCUUAUGGCUACAUUGUGAGGGCCGUAUUGCAAAUUUCGUCAGCAUCAGGGAGGCAGAAGGCUUUUAACACCUGUGGCUCCCAUCUCACUGUGGUCUCCCUUUUCUACGGAAACAUCAUUUACAUGUACAUGCAACCAGGACACAGCUCUUCUCAGGACCAAGGCAAGGUCCUCACUCUCUUUUACAACAUUGUCACACCACUCCUGAACCCCCUGAUCUAUACUCUCAGAAACAAAGAGGUGAAGGGGGCACUGAGAAGGUUACUGCUGGGGAGCAGAGAGGUGGGAAAGGAGUGAGGGCACCUCCAGGGUUUCUCCAGCCUGUCCAUCAACUCUGUCUAGGCCCAGUGGUGGCAUCUGGAACUACUGGUCUAGAUUUUGUCUUAGCCAACUUAUUUUCCUCUUCCAACUAUGUUUUAUGAGUGAAUGCACAACACAUACUGUCCACAAACCCCUCUAUAAAGCAGAUAUGAUGAACAGUGAGCUAAAUAGCUGUACAGAUGAGUUUCCACCAAUUUAUAUCAGUGUGCCAAGUAGGAAACAACUCUUCCCAAUCAGAGCUUUGUUUUUGUUGCUGUUUGUUAUAAAUUCAUUAACUUCAAUGCUAGCCAUUUUAGUCAAAAUGACCCUAAAUCUGUCACUGUUUUUGAUGUGGACCAAGUGCCUCUCUGCAUAGAGAGGAGGGUGGCCAGCUCCUUGGACAUGUCUACAGUGACCCUGCAGUUGCUCAGUUGUGGGUACUGCAAGGUGGGUCACUUCCUAUAUGAGGCGUCAGCCCUGAGUCAGUUGGCCU